CACGACCGACAGGCAGCAGCGACAGCAGCAGGCUGCAGGCUGCAGCGACUCUCGCCUCUGCGCUCUUGGCAGCGCUCGCCAUCCCGUUGAGUUGGACUCGCCAGUUCGGCUAGCUGCGCCCUCCCACCCCCAGCUCCCGCUCGCGCCCCCGGCCGGGGUUCCGGCAUCCUCCGGCCCUCCUGCCCUCCCCGCCCUCUCCUCCCCCUCAGUUCUCUGGAAGGGAGGUCGCGGCAGCGGCCCGGCGGCAGCGGUGACCGUGGCGACAGCGGAGACAGUGGCGGCUGCGGUGGCGGCAGCGGCCGUGGCGGCGGCCGAGGCUGCGGCGGCGACCGUGGCAGAGGCGGUGGCGGAGGCCUCCGUGGCGGAGGCGGAAGCAGAGGUGGAGGCUGAGGUGGAGGCCGAGGCCUCAGCAGAGGAGGCAGAGGCCGAGGCCAUCCUGGCCGGGGAGGGGGCGGAGGCCUCCCGGGCGGCAGCGGCGGAGGCCAGCGCGGCCGAAGCCGCUGCCGCCGCAGCCAAGGCUGCGGCGUCCCCCUUGGGGGAGGUGGAUGCGGAUGAGGAGGUAGCAGCAGCAGUGGCGGCCGCGGCAGCCGGAGAGACGGAUGAGGAGGUGGGCGGGGGCUCGGAGGGGAACCCAGACUUUCCGAUGGCCUCGCUGUAUGUGGGCGACCUGCACCCUGAGGUGACAGAAGCAAUGCUAUAUGAGAAGUUCAGCCCAGCGGGGCCCAUCCUCUCCAUCCGCAUUUGCAGGGACAAGAUCACCCGCCGCUCCUUGGGCUACGCUUAUGUCAACUACCAGCAACCGGUGGACGCCAAGCGGGCCCUGGAGACCCUGAACUUUGAUGUUAUAAAAGGCAGGCCAGUGCGCAUCAUGUGGUCCCAGAGGGACCCCUCGCUCCGCAAGAGCGGGGUGGGCAACGUCUUCAUCAAGAACCUGGGCAAGACCAUCGACAACAAGGCUCUGUACAACAUCUUCUCGACCUUCGGCAACAUCCUGUCCUGUAAAGUAGCCUGCGACGAAAAGGGGCCCAAGGGCUACGGGUUUGUGCAUUUCCAGAAGCAGGAGUCUGCUGAGCGGGCCAUAGAUGCGAUGAAUGGCAUGUUCCUGAACUACCGCAAAAUUUUCGUCGGGAGAUUCAAGUCACAUAAAGAAAGAGAGGCGGAAAGGGGAGCCUGGGCCAGGCAGUCCACCGGUGCAGAUUGCAAGGGUUUUGAGGACGACACCGACGAGGAGGCCACCUUGCGAUGAGGACAUCCCUGGAGCAAGCCAGCAGAGCCAAAUCUUGGCUCCUACCCGGUUUACAACCCUCCCCCCCAACCCACCAGCAGUGUAUUGUAUUGGGAGUGCAGGUCUCUCUCUUUCCCUCGCCCUCUCCUUCUCCCUCUUCCUCUGCCUCCCUUCCUCCCUCUGUCCCUCCCCCUCUCCCUCUUCUCUCCCCUCUCCCUGUAUCUCCUGUCCCUCCUUCCUACAGUCUCUCCCCCUCUCUAGCCUUCCUUCCCUCCCUAUCCCGCCUUUUCUCCCCAUUCCCUUUUUCUUCCUGCCCUCCUCUUCCUCUCCAUUCCUUCCUCUUCUCUCCACCCCCACCAAGGGUGUUGUGAAUAAUCCUACUAAUCUGUGCCAUUGGAUAGGUUAAAGGCUGCCUCUUCUCCCUGUGGUUUGUUUCCUAAAAGAACUUUUUUCUUCUCUUUGUUUACUGCACAGGUGAUUCAGUCUCAUGGUAGAAAUAUCAGGAAGGAGAAGGAAAUCAGAUGAGAGAAAACCAAGAGAGUAAUUGCUCCCCAUGAUCUUACAACCCUGAAAGAACCACUUUUACCUUUUUGGUGUGCUGUUUUCCCAGACUCUCUUCUCUCCCUCUCUCACCCCCUCCCCACCUUCCUUUUAUCAUACUGUUGUAGAAUGGUUCUUGAAUGUGGUGUUUCUUAACUUGCUUUCUUUCAGCAACUAAAACCAAACUAAAACCCAACCCACCGAACUCCUUUCCAUGAUAUUCAACAGGCUUAUGAUACAUCAUUUCAGUGCCUGCAGAAUGCUCCUGUGUAUCCGUGGACUUUAAUGUUUCUGUAAUCAUUCCCGCAUUGUUGGACAUUCAGGUGGUGCCCAGUUCUUCCCCUGUGUUUAAAACCAGCACUGUGUGCUCUGAUGAGUGAAUCCUUCCUCGUCAAGCCAAAUCGCUGCUAGCAUCCUGGAUGGUCUCCUCAACUGUGGACCUGCAGAAUCCACAGAGGGACAUUUCAAAGACUUUUCCUGUGUGUUGCCAAAAGGCCCCCUUCAUAAGCAUUGUUCCAAUUUGCACUCAUGCCAGCCAGCACAGCUAGUAAAAAGAGUAUGGCCCUUUCCCCUGAAUUGCCUCUUGGUCACUGUAAUUGGUGUGUGUGUGUGUGUGUGUAUGUGUGUGUAUGUGUGUGUGUGUUUGUGUGUGACUUGGCCAGAGUGAUGUAUUGCAAAAUGGUAUUUCUCUAUUCUUGGUUAUGUCACUUAAAUAUAACUGGAAUUGAACACUGUUAAUCACUCCUUCCUCCAGUGCAUGUCCUUUUCCACAUUGUCAGAAAAAUAAAUCACCUUUAUUUCAGUGAAACAACAGCAACAAAAAAUUCACAGGGCAGAUAAGUUAACAGAAGAAAAUUAAAAGCAUCAGUUUUCCAACCUAAUGAAUACACAACUUCCUGGAAUAUAUUCAUCUUCACCUGUUCAGUAACUUUCAUUUGAUAUGUGUGUGAAUUUAAUGUAUAUAAUGUUCCAAUAUCUGCUUUUUCAUACAUAAAUUAUGUAGGUUAUAGACAUAGAUGUAUAGAUAUUCUUGAAGUUCUUUUUAUGUCAUUAAAUAUUCUUCUAAAUUAGUUUCCAUGGCUGUUUAGUUUAGCAGGGUAUCAAUGAGCCAAAUACAAGGACAAUAUAUAUAUUCAACCACAUAUAUAUACACUUAUAUAUAUAAUGUAUAUGUACAUCUCUAUACAUUGAUAUUCAUAUUUAGAUGUAGAAAUGAGGACAUUUAUUUUCCUUUAACUACAACUUUGUUGAACACCAGUCCAAAGGUUUCAAGAAUAUCAUUUGCACAAAUCUUACUUACAUUCAAGAUUAUUUUCUGAACAUUGUUCAAAUAAAACGGAAAUAUCAAAAGAUGUGGGUGGGUUAAAUUUUUUUAAUUUUUGUUUUGGUUUCUCAGUAAAUGACUAUUUUUAAUGAUAGCAUUUUACCUUCAUAAG